AGCGCAGCUCAGUGCGCGAAAAGCAAUCGAAAUGAACUCAGUUGCGUUGCUCUGUGUCUGCCUCAUGGCUGUGGCAUGGGCUCUGCCCACCCCGAACCCAUCUUCUCCCGUGCCGAACAUAGAAGUGGAGCUGCCAGUGCCGGAUGAGCUGUCGUUUGAGACCACAGCCACCGAGAAUGACUGGUUCGAGGCAACUUCUGAGAGUAGCUCCACACCGCAGGGGGAUAUUCUCACUACGGAGAUGGCCCCUGAGAUUGUCACGUCGGAGGAUGACAGCUCGACGGCUUUGCCAUUGGAGGAGUUCACAACGGAAGGCACAAUCUCGGAGGAAAAUCCGCAAUCCUCGCAGACACCAACAAACAGUGAGGAGAGCACAACAGAGCUCUCGGCAGAGGCCAAAGAUCAGUUGCAUUGUCUGGCUGACUGGGACAAAUUCUUGGUUGACUUUGAGCGCCUCUAUGCCAGUGAAAUUGAGGCGGAGCAGCGUCGUGAUGCCUUCUGCGACAACUGGCGAAAGAUCAGGAAGCACAAUAAACUAUUCGAUCAGGGACUGGUGACCUACCAGCUGGGCAUCAACCAGUUCAGCGAUCGGACGUUCGAGGAAUGGCGCAAGAAGCAACUGCCACAUCCCAUUUUCAUGGAGGAGGAUGAUGUUUGAUAAUUAAAUAAUUGCACAUGUCCACGAA